GCCUUUGCUGAAACUUCGUCACUUUCUCUUCUUCUUCUUCUUCUUCAAUCACCAACUCUGCAUAUCCCUCCAAAAAAACGGUUCAAUGAUUGGCCUUUUUCUGUAAUCGCUUCGGCCGUCGCUUCCCAUGGCGCUCCCCAUCGCAAAGGUCACUUUCCUCUUGGGAACAGGUGUUGUUGUAUCAGCUCUGUCUAAAGAAUCAAGUCUCAGUGAUUACUUUUCAGGCGCGUUUAAGAUAUUCAAGAAAAUCAAGGGAGACAGUUCAAAAAAUUCAAAUCCAAAGCCUUGCAGCAAUGCCUUGUUACAGCAGGUUAAUAGCUUGCGAGAGGAGCUGAAAGUCUUGGCAUCAAAUAGAUCUAUAACUAUUGUUGCUCCCUAUGGUUCAGGUUCUAGUAGUAAAUAUGGCUUGAUUGUGGUGGUUGUUGUGGUUGGAUAUGGAUAUAUUUGGUGGAAGGGUUGGAAGCUUUCUGAUAUGAUGUUUGCAACCCGGCGUGGUUUAAGUGAGGCAUGUGCUAGUGUGUCCAAAGAGCUUGAGGGUGUCUACACAUCGGUUUCGGCAACAAGGCGUCAUUUAUCUUCCCGUAUUGAUCGUGUUGAUUGUAAAGUAGAUGAGUGCAUUGACAAUACAGCUGCUAUUAAAGGGGAGGUUUCUGAAUUUCGUGGGGAGGUGAAAAUGGUUGACAACAAUCUCCGAUCAGUACAUCUUGUUGUAAAAACACUGGAGAACAAAAUUAGCAGGAUAGAAUGGAAACAGAAUGAGAUAAAUUUUGGCCUGGGAAAUUUGGUUGGUUUUGCAAUGAAUUUGGAGAAUGAAAGAGCCACAGAACAGAUCAAGGCAUCUGCAUCAAGUUCAACAAGGCCUGCUCUUGAAAUGCCAGAAGGGACUCUAACAGUGGUUGAGUCCUUGCCUCGCAGUGCAUUAGCUGAUCCACCAUCUCCAUCGGGUUCAAAUGGACCUCAGAAGGAGUCCCUGCAUGCAGUUCUGCCAUCAUCUGGUGUAAAGAUCCAUCGCGGACUAUCAGAUGUGGUCGGAUUAGCAAGUGACAGCAGCAAUAGUCCUAUGGUAGGACACGGCGGCCUUUCCACUCCUCCGCCGUUGGAGUCAAAGGCCCAAAAUUCAAGUCUUGGUGUAUUUGGGCGAACGCUCUCUGCUAGUGCUGCCGCUUUAUUUACAAGAAGCCGCGCUUUGUAACAGACGGUCCCGUGUUAUUUGCUGCACUGGAGCUGUUUUUGGUCUUGAUUUUGUAGUGCCCCAAAAGAUGUAUUUGUAUGGGUUAAUUUAGAACUCCAGUCUAAAUGUCUUUGUCUACCUACCCUUGGGUUGACACUAUAUUUUCACACUAAUAUAUGAACAAAGGGUGGAUACUAGAAUUUCCUACCUUAACAAAAGGUUAAUUACGCUUUUAGCCCUUUAAUUUGUUUUUCUUUGUUUUGAUAAUUUCUUUUGUGCAUUACUCCUAGUUUGUGAACCAAAUAUGGACUGUUAAUUU